AUGGCAGACCCGUUUAGCAUCGCAGCAGGCUACAUCGGCCUCGCAGCAACGGGCGCCGAAUUCGCCACAUCCCUUUACGAAUACGCAAAGUCCAUCCGCGAAGCCGAGAAGAUGCUGAAACCCAUCGCAGCCCAUACGACACGGCUGUAUACUACCAAACUCCUCGAAUCGACGAAGAAUGCGCUCGAUGGCUGCAAGACCGCAUUCGACAACCUUGAGAAGUUUGUUACGGCGAGCUUUGUGAAGAAUGAGAGUGGAAAGUUGUCCCUGGCCUCGAAGGCGAUGUUCAGCUUCCGGCAGAAGGAGUUGGAUGUGUUGCAGGCGCAUCUGGAGCGGUUUAAGAGUUCUCUUAAUCUCAUUCUAGGUGUUCUUCACCUUGCGUUUUCGACGAAGACUGCCAAGGACAACGCGGCUCUUCUGGAAAUGAAGGUUGAUAUACAGGGGCUGAUGAUAGCAGAGCGAAAGAUGAAGCUGAAGGAGUCGCAGCUUACCGCUGAGUCCCAGAGCCAAGCGGCACCGCAGACAGAUGGCACGCCUGACUUUGCCAACGGAAUUGAUACUGCUGCCGUAGCGAAUCUUCUGGAGGCUGACAGCAAUGUCCCAGCUCCGCGACACGUCCAGGAAGAUGCAAGUUCGCAGCGGAACGUAACACAAAAUAUUGGAAAUACUACGCCGCCUGUUCUCUCGACUGCCAGCGAACUAUCCCUCCCCCGGAUUGAUGAAGACGGUCCUGCUGCCGUAGUGGAUCCUCCAGGAAAUAACAAGACUGGCUCUGCCUCACGAGACAUCCAGGAAGAUGCGACAUCUCCACACAGUGCAACGCGUAGCAUCGGAAAUGCACUCCUCCUACGCUGCCAACCACCAGCAAAACGCUAUCAUUGGGCAAGCACCAGAAAGCUCUCCUGCUACACCAUCUAG